CGUAGUUUUUUCAUCGUUAGAUAUUUGAUACGAACUUCAUUAUGUCUGACGAUGAAGCAGACGAACUUAGCAAGGAAUAUUUAAUCAAAUUCCUUGCUUUGGGAGAUUCUGGAGUUGGAAAAACGAGCUUGUUAUAUCAGUACACCGACAAUCGUUUCAACCCACGAUUUGUUCCCACCAUUGGCAUCGAUUUUAGAGAGAAGAGAGUGGUUCAUCAUCCUCUGAAUUCAGAUGGUACACGGUCAACCAGAGGGCAAAGAAUACAUUUACAGCUUUGGGAUACAGCAGGACAAGAAAGGUUUAGAAGUUUAACAACAGCAUUCUUCCGUGAUGCAAUGGGAUUUCUAUUAGUAUUUGAUCUUACCAAUGAACAGUCAUUUGUUAAUAUACGCAACUGGUUGAGUCAACUACAAACACAUGCCUACUGUGAAAAYCCUGACAUUGUUUUGCUUGGAAACAAGGCUGAUCUAGAGGAUCAAAGAAUGGUUGAUGAAGGAGAGGCCAAAAAUUUGGCAGAAAGUCUUGGUCUGAAAUAUUUUGAAACCAGUGCAUCGACUGGUCAGAAUGUAACAAAAUCAGUUGAGGCUUUGCUAGACCAGGUCAUGGUGAGAAUGGAAAACUGUGUUGAUCAAGCUACUCUUCCUAAUAAUGUCUUCAAUAACAAUCCAAAUAGAGGACCAAAGCUGAGAGAAGUUGAUGAGGCUAAUGAUGAAACAAGUAGUGGAUGUACUUGUUAGUCAUUCAUUGAGAAAAUUAUGUUUUUCCAAAGUAAUAUCCACAAGGGAAUCGGGUGUCCUUUUCAGUUUGGAGAGAAACUACAGAUACAAACUCUUUCCAUGAAUGGACACAACUAAAACUGUACAAUUAUUACAAUUUUAAUUCAAAAUGCGACAGCUGCUGAGAUCAGCAAUAUAAACAAAGACAAUACAACUAAAUUUAUUAGUUUAAAACCAUAGCUGGUUAAGUUAUUGAAUGGUUCAAUGUUUAUCUGGAACUGUUGUUCUGUACUAAGUGAAAGCCUGCUGUAUAGUUUACAUACACCUCUCUCUUAGAAUCAACAACUUUGCAAAACAAUACUGCUUUACAAAAGAUCCUGCYACUGCACAAAAGAAAAAAAAUUGAAUAUAAGAUAAUGURCCAUUCCAAGACCCUGGGAAAAUGCUAUUUAUAGAGAGAGAUUUGUUAAGACUUUCACUAGAUUUGAUUAGAUUUUUAUUGGGCAUUUUGAACAUGGAAUGGCCUCUGGCCUAUUGYUGGUGACAACUUUUAUAUAAGAAAAUGAAUAGAUAGAAGGAUAGACUAGUAAAUGGAACCAGUAUAGUUAAAUAUAAUUGGUAGAUUGUUGACUGCCUUAACAUGUCCAAAAUCUGCCAUCUUGUAUAAGACACCUCACAGCCAACAAUCKUCUAUCAUCUUGUUAGAUGCAUGCAAAAAUGCAGCAUAAUUGAUCCUACAUUGAAGAUAAUGUAGUACCAAGACAUUACACAUUAUAAGGUGCUGGUAUUAUUACAAUAUUUUACAGUGUAAAUCAAAUGAUGUUAGAGUCAAAUAGAAUUAACUAUGCUCGUUAACUUGUUUGAGCUAUAUCACUGUUUUGAAUCAUUCAUGGUGUAAAAUAGAGCAAGCAACUGAAAGUAGGGACUUUCAGUGUGUUCCACACUUUAAUCUGGAUUAAAAAAACAUAACACACGUUUUGGCUGUAAUUUCUUGAUCUACACUGCAAAAAAAUUGAUCACUGAACUGUUUUUUUUUUACAAAAGGAUUUCAUUUGUAACUUGGUCUUCCAAAAUUUAAUAAUUUGUUGGCUUUAAGCAAAGUGAUGGCAAACAACUAAAGUAGGACUGCUGGCAGUCCAUAAUAUGSUUAAAAUAUGCAUGCAUGAAACCUGUACUUGUGCUAAAUUACCAGAUGUCUAUUUAUUGGCACCAGCAGAAAACUACAAAGAAUAUAAACACUUACCAGACAGUAUUAUAAUAAAAUAAUUGUAUCAGACUAUUAACUGGGCCCACUUCAACAACGAUUAUACAUAAUUAUUGUACACAUUAAKUUGAAAAAAAUAUCAUUACCAAAAUAGCAAUAA